UUGUUUACAAAAACUACAAAAAAUUAACCAAACAACAAGCAACUAGCUGACUCGUGAAAAAAUAUAAAUAAUAAAAUUUAUUAAAGAAUUUUAAUUAAAAAAAAAGUGACAAGAUGGCGUCUGGACUUGAGAGCUAUGUUAAUCACACUGUAUCUAUAAUCACGUCGGAUGGCAGAAAUUUUGUUGGAACAUUAAAAGGAUUUGAUCAAACUAUCAAUUUAAUUCUUGAUGAUUCGCAUGAACGAGUUUACAGUAUGACACAAGGUGUCGAGCAAGUUGUUUUGGGUCUCCAUAUAAUCAGAGGCGAUAAUGUAGCAAUAAUCGGAGAGUUGGAUGAUGAUGUCGAUUCUAAACUAAAGCUUAGAUCGAUCCGUGCAGAACCUCUAAGUGCUGUAACACAUUAAUUAAGUAAAUAAAUUUUUUAUGUUUUCAUCAUCAAAUAAUUUUUUUUUAUUUUUUUUUUAAAUAAAAAAUAUCAAUUUCUGUACAAAGAUUUGUAGAUAACAGUAAAUAUUUUUUCCAAAUUAAAUGGUAAGAAAAAACAUACGUAUUGAUAUUGAUAUUAUUAUAAUAAUAUUGAUAUUCAUAAUAAUGAAUUUCUGACAUCUGGAUAAUUGUAAUGGUAUUUUGUUUAAAUUACGUAAUUAAUAAAAUUUUAACUUAAUCAUG